AUGGAAGUGGACAUCCUAGAUCCUGGUCACAUGGUGCUAGCAUGUCCACAGCUAAAUCUGCUGUGUCAGAAUGCUGCUCUGAACUACACCAUCUGUUCAGGCGACGCUCAGCAGUGUUUCACCAUUAAUUCAAAUGGCACACUCCAACUACAGAAACAUCUAGAUCGUGAGCAGCAGUCUGUUUAUAAUUUAAUUAUACAGGCUGCUGACAAAUCAGUCCCAGAAUCCUCGAGACUUAGCAGUAGCAUGCACAUUACACUCUACAUUGAGGAUAUCAAUGACAACGUACCAUGCUUUGUUACUACUAAUUACAUCUGCUUGUCUGAAAAUGUCACUGUUGGUACAAUAGUUACAGUGAUUCAAGCCACAGAUUUGGAUACAGGUGAUAAUGGUGUUGUUGUCUAUGAAACGGAGAACUUAACUCAUCAGAAGUUUGCAAUUAACAAAACAAGUGGGGAGCUUUUACUCACUGGAGCACUGGACAGAGAGACGAUUAACCAGUAUUUUUUAAAAGUGGUUGCCAGAGAUAAGGGACUGCCUUCUCUUUCAUCAGUAUUAAACAUGACUGUUGAUAUUGCAGAUAUAAAUGACAACAGUCCAUCUUUUACUUAUGAGACUUACAAUAUUACAGUUUAUGAAAACAUAGCCCUGGGCUCAGAGCUACUGACAGUUUCGGCUUCAGAUCCAGACUACAGCACGAAUGGAGAAGUUAGAUACGCCACUCCAUGCAGCGAGUUAUUGAUUGAUUCUGUCACAGGACUAAUCAUUGUUGUUAAAAAGCUUGAUCGUGAAAGAACUCCAGUGUAUACUUUUGUGGUCACUGCGUCUGAUAAAGGAAUUGUCCCCAAGUUUGGAAAAGCUACCGUUAACAUAAUUCUGCUGGAUGUCAAUGAUGAUGCUCCUGCAUUUCAGUCUGAGACGAUUAAUCUGCAUUUACCAGAGAACAUAACGCACUUGCCUCAGUCAGUCUAUCUGGUGUCAGCACAAGAUAACGACUUGGAGCAAAACAGUUAUAUAGUAUUUGCAAUUAAAAAGGGGAAUGAAGCUGGAAAAUUUUCUCUCUCGUCAGCAGGACAACUCAGUGUGCUGCAAAGUCUUGACAGGGAAGAAGUCUCAGAGUACCAGAUAAUAGUAACUGCUACAGAUUCAGGUGUUCCACAACUGACUGGCACACAAACCAUAAUUAUAACUGUUGAUGAUGUGAAUGACAAUUACCCUGUGUUUGAUGAAAUGGUCUAUUCUGCAUCUGUUUCCGAAAGUGUCCCUAUUGGUACAAGCUUUUUUAAAGUAAAGGCUUCAGAUCUUGAUGAAGGGCUAAAUGGAGAUAUAAGAUACUCUCUCAUCAGUGGUGGCUCCCAUUUCAACAUCGACCCACUGAAUGGGGAUAUCCUCACCAGUUCCUUACUGGAUAGAGAAAUGGAAGCUUCUUACACUCUGACUAUCAUGGCUAAUGACAGAAAUAUUGAGAUGCCCCUUUCCUGCUUGGUGACUGUGGUCGUGACAGUUGAGGACGUGAAUGACGAAGUCCCCAAAUUCCUAAAUGCUCCCUAUGUGGCUAAUGUACCAAUGUUUCUUCAACCAGGUUAG